UCACCAAUAAACGAGUAUUAAAGGUGUUAUUGUUUACAGUUAUUGAUGUUAAAAAUCACAAUAUACUUUAUUAUAUUAUUUUCUAUUAAAUAAAUAAAUACUUUAUCGUGUAAAAUGUGUUUUUAUAAAUAUACAAAGAUACCUCCCUCAAAUGUGAAAGAAGAGCAGAGAGCGGUUAAAUGGAAGCAAAUGCAGAAGACCAAGGAUCAAAUAGAACGUGAAGCUGAAGAACAUGCUAAAAUGUUGAGAAAAAAACAAUUUAUGCGCGAGAUCGAGCUUGGUACUCUAAAUACGAAGCGUUACCGGACAUUGUGGAGGGAAAUGAUGAUGAGGAUCAAAAUGCCGCAGAUCGCCGAGAACGUAGAGAUUGCAUGGCGCAACUUUGAUCGAGCUCUCGAUAUCAAGGACUACAGAAUAAGUUUUUUAAUGGACGAGCUGGCCGAAGCCGAAGAACAGUAUCAAAGGAAUACAAGAUCGCAUAUUGAAGUUAUAGAUCGAUUAUUGAGAUCGUAUAAGAAAAGAAUAGAGUGCGAGGAAAGAAAUUACCGAGACAUGUUAAACGAGACACUUGUUCAGAUGGACGCUGAAGUCAACAAGAUCUAUUAUCAGAAGAUCAAGAGCGAAAUCUUGUUACAAUCAAUCACUCACGGCAUGCAACAACAGAUGGAAGAAUUAUUGAACAAUGUCAAAAGCAUUGCAUUAAGUAAAAUUGAUGCAUUCGUGGAAGACAGUAAGGAUAUACGCAGAAUUUCUGUGGCUCAGCUUGAAAAUCAAUUGCAAAGCUCCUGGGAAAAUCUUCGACGAGUUCUGUCUGAUUACCAAAAUAAAACGAAGAAUCGCAGAAAAUGUUACGAAGCACUUAAAGACAAGGACGAGAAAGACCAGCAAGUGAUAGCGCAACAAUUAUUGCGUAUAACGAAUCUUUUCGAAGAAAUACGAAAAUUUCGAGGUAAUAUAACAACGUACGAUGCCAUGGUCAAGAAAGAAAUUUCCGAAAUUAUGAUGGAACACGACUUCUUUCAGAAAGCCUCCUGGACCAUGAAAAAUCGUCUCAGCUCAGAGCAAACGAAAGAUAAAAAUCAAUUGAAAAUAUUGUCAAUCGAAUAUGACAAGAUUAUAAAACAUUUGGAGCGUCUUGUAAUUAAGAGCAAACAGCUGCUUACGCUAAUACAAAUUUGUCGUAAGUACGAAACGCAAGAUGAGAAAAUAAUUCCGUUUGCCAAUCAUACAAAGCUGAAAAGCUUGCAAACUCCCUCAUCGCAUCAAAUCAUUACUUCAGAUGGGGAUGUGUCUUGCCAGGUACAUACGUAUAUACUAUACGUGUAAAAGUUGUUGAAUUUUUAAGACUCCUGACUUCUUAGCCGAGAACUCCGUGUUGAUGUAACGUUGCGGACAAAAUUGGAACUAAUAGGCGUGAAAUGUGACGGGUUGACGAUAAAAUUUUUACUUGCAUAUUAUUUUAUUUUUCAUUGUGAAAAUGUGACUUGUUUCGUAUUUACCAAAUUCGUGAAAAUGGGCCGGAAUAAUGUACAAAGUUUCUUUGAAUUAUAUACUUAUAUAAAAGCAUAUCUUUUAUUUCUUUCAACAGCUGUUCAUGUGUUUUUCUGUCUGAAUAAAUUCCACUUUACGUGCUAUUUACAACUAUUUGUUGACUGUUAGGUGGAAAAAAUGUUUUAUCCAAAUUCUUUUUAUUGACAAAUGCCACUGCGGAAACUUUUACGUGUUAUUUCUCGCUUAUGACAUCACGACUUAUAUGGCCGCGUGGGAGGAGUCAGGAGUCUUAAAAAACAUGUUUAAAAGAACAUUAUUAUAGAUUGCAGAAGAUUUUCAAGAUUUGACAAACUUUUGGCGACGAUUUGGCAUUGCGCAAAUAACUACUAUGCAAUUGCGAUCGGAGAAGGAUAAACUUAAGGCUGAGGCGAGCAACUUGCGCCAAUGUGUCUGUUCUUAUAUGACACAGAAAAUAUAAGAGAAAAGAAUAAAAAUAGUACAAAAUAUAAUUUAAAUAACCUUCGUAACAAAAAUAAAUCGUAAUCAUCAUAAUUUCGUUGUUUAAUAUAGGUACAAUGAUUCGUAAUUUACAUUACUAUAUGCUGGAUAAUCAUGAGUAUCAUAAUACUUUUUAUCAUAUUUGAACUUACAUAACUGAAAAGUAAUAUCAUUACUUGUUCUAGAUGUAAACACAAGACUUUGGCGUUUUGUUUAUUUGACUCGCUCUUGUCGGCAAUAUGAAAUUUUAUUACUAUUAAAUGUAUAAUUUAGUGCUUUUUUAUAAAAAACAAA